CGACAUCUGAACCAUAAAGGGGGUUCAAAGUUGGACUCAGAAGAAGAAAUAGAUGCAACAGACGGAUGUCGAGUGCAAGUGAUUACUUAUCGGAUCGAAUCCGCUGAUGGAACCGAGCAGCUUACGAAAACAAUUCGUCGAAAGAUAAAAUUCGACUGUAUGCAGACAUCACGACGUCUUGAAUUGUCGAACGGUAAAGAAGCAAAAGUGGAGGAAAAAUGUGAACGAUAUCAGGGCGAUAUUAAAGGUCUUCGACCGGUCGAGAUUACUCAGAACAAUCAGAAAUUGCAGUUGGACCCUAAUAAUGCACAGGACAUGGCGAUCUCGUGUGUUCUCGGCCAAGUACCGGAUACCUUCAUGAAUAUGUUGUCAAAGGAAAAAGAUAAUCUGGUGAAAAUGUUCCCGGAUCUGUUUGCCCAGAUGCGUACACAAUCGUCAUUGAUUCCGGCAUCGACAACUGAGGUGAUUACGAAUCCCGAUGGCAGUACGACGACACGAGUACGAAGUAGUAAAAGUUAUAGUUCACACUUCUCUAAACAUGAGACAUUCAUCAAUGGCGUGAGACAGAUGUCGAAAAGCACUUUCAAGGCUUUCGUCGAAUACAAAGGACCAGAAGGAGGAUAUCGUGUCAAACUGGCAGACAACGCCGACGAUUUGUCCGAGGAGGAGACGGAAGACGAUGAUCGCGCUAGCAGGUUGGUCCCAGACAAAAUUUAUUUUCACAGAAAUACAACUUGCAAACCACAUCGAUGUACUUUUCAAACGGCAUGGUUCGCUGCCAAAGAGCUUGUGGAUAGUGAACAACGCUAUGUAGAGAAACUGCGGUUACUAGACGAGAUAUUCCGUCAGAGAGUAGUCAAAGAAGCCGCGAUCGAUAAAGAAAAACAGCACAAAUUGUUCGCCAACAUCUCUAGCCUUUAUCAAUUCCACAAUACUCAUUUUCUUCCACAGCUUAUGGAAGCAAGCAGAGAUUGGCACACUACCAAGAGGUACGCAAAUGUGGUUCGUAAACAAGCACCGUUCUUGAAGAUGUAUUCUGAAUAUACUAAUAAUUACGAACGGGCGUCACGUGUUUUCGAGGAUCUAAAAAAGAAGAAAAAAUUUUCCGAUGUAGUACGAGAGAUUGAGAAGCUCCCUGAAUGUGAAGGCCUCCCGCUUGCUCAUCAUCUAAUCUGCCCUGUUCAAAGAGUCAUGCGAUAUCAGUUGUUAUUACAGGAGUACAAAAAACACUUGCUCGAAUCAGAUGUCGACUACGAGGAUACGGCCCUCGCUCUUCAGCUCGUCCUUCAAGCUGCAUCUCAUGCCAACGAAAUGAUGAAGAAGCUGGAUGGCUUCGGAAAAGUAAUAGAAGUACAAGAGCAGCUGGGCAAUUCCAUAUCACUCGUAUCACCUGGACGAGAGCUACUCAAAACCGGCACAUUACAGAAAAUCUCGUCGACAACCGAGAAAACCGAAGAACGAACGAUUUUCCUCUUCAACGAUCUCAUUCUGUUAGCCGGUGAACGAAAAAUGAUUGGACUUUACAAAUAUCGUCUACGAGCUGUAUUCCAUGCAUGUCAUACACAGAUUUGUGAAGGUGAUAACCUCGAACGGGAGCAUUCAUUCUACAUCAGAGGCUCUGACGGGAACGGACCUCAACGAUGCGUUGAACUGUUCUCAGAGACUCAAAAAGAAAAGAACGAUUGGGUGGAGAGUAUAUGUGCGGUGAUCGAAGAUUGUCGAGCCAAUUCGGCAACGUUUGGGGCGGGUGUGAAAUCCGCACUGUCUGAAACUAAUAAUAAUCAUUCCGAAAGUCGAAAUUGUGCUGACUGUGACGCUGAGUUCAGUCUUUUCUAUCGUGGUGUGAAAUGUGGAAAAUGUCGAAGGAAGCUGUGUAAAAAGUGUUUUGGACGGUACCGAACGGAAAGCAAAAAUAAUCGAAUCUGUGAGCCAUGUGUGAAGAAUAUGGUAGGCGGCUUUGAAUCAAUCCGUCGUUCCGCUUCCGCUCAGUCGAACGGAAGGACGAAUGUGUUGGCAGUACCUGCUCAAGGAAAAGGAGUUCUACAUGCAAGUAGGUUCCGCGGCUCUCUCGGGAAGACUUUCGAACGAUACUUCGUCGUCCGCAACGAUUUCUGUUUGUACUCCUACAAUUCCUGCGAUGAUGACUGUGCCCUGACGAUGCUGCCGUUACCCGGGUGCGAGGUAAAGCUAUGCGGUGAGCGGUUCACCUUUUCACUUCGAGUCGGUUCCCGUCGCAUGUAUACGGUCACCGUCGAAGAUGAACAGAAUCAACUACGAUGGAUGGCCGUACUGGAUUUGGCAGCGAACGCCCAACUUCAACAAACUCCAGACAGUUGA